AUGAAGAUCCCGGAUUUGCCCAAAGGUUUGAAAUGUGUUUCUAUGGGCACAAAAUUUGCCUUCAAACCGCGGCCGCUGCAUCAGGUGCACAAAAGUCAACCAGCUCCCUACCUUGGUCUCAGAUCUAGACUGUCUCAGAUCUGGCUCAAUUGUUGGACAGCAUUGUUCAUCCUCGUGCUGGCUCGGCUUGUUAUGCUCAUCUCUGGUCUAAACGACAACAUCACUGAUGCGAAGGAAAAGGCACUCUCUGCUUGCACAAAGGUCGAAGAUAUAGGUAGCGCUAUGGCGUCUAUGCCGCACUACCUCUCGCACGGAGUCAACAAACUGGCUGUAGAAAGUAUUUCCCGCGAGGUCAGCGGCACGGUGAAUAUGCUCCUCUUGGUUCUCACAAUCGUCGAAAACAUCAUUUACUUCGCCAUCAACUUUCAUAUUGGAACGUAUGUCUGCCUCAUCGCCGCCUUUAUUCACGGUGCCUUCGACGUUGGCAUUGAUGCCGCGGACGCCAUGGCUGAGCAAAUGAGCAACGCCAUCGGCAAGAUUACCGAAGGCCUCAACGACGAGGUCAACAAGUUUCAAAGCACCAUCAACGAUUUAGUAAGCAAACUCAACAAAGGGACCAGCCUCGGCGGUCUCCUAGGCAGCGAUUCUGCUACCGUGCCCAAGUUAGAUAUCUCUGGUAGCCUGGGUGAUCUGAAGAGCAUCCACAUCGACAGUGGCGAUUUCGUACGUAGCCUUAAAGACAUGAAAGAAAAGACUCCGACUUUCGACGACGUGCAAAACUUCACCAAACGUACCAUCGCCGUUCCUUUUGAUCUCGCGAGGAAGGAACUCAACGAAAGCUCUGGCGCGUGGGUGCCGCCAGAUGAUAUGUUCCCUUUGGCACCAAAACAGUCGUUGUCGUUCUGCUCCGGCAAUACAGCUGUCGCCGACUUUUUCAACGGGCUAUAUAGGAUCGUGCAUCGUACCCAAAUCGUGUUGCUCGUGAUCAUGCCGAUCCUCGCCUCGCUUGCAUGCAUCCUUAUGGCGGUGCUAGAAACCAAACGGUACUAUAGCCAAAAGAAACUUGCUCAACAGAUGCUCGAUGGGGAGUACGACGCUAUGGAUGCUCUUUACCAAGGAUCUCGUCCACUCUCGUCUGCCUUGGGCUUGUGGAUCGGAAGCAAGCUGAAGCGGAGCGAUCGUAAGUAUCUUGCUAGGUGGGCCUGGGCCUAUGUGACAUCGGCGCCUGCGCUUUUUGUGUUUUGGCUGGCAGUCGCUGGCAUGCUUUCCUGUCUUUGCCAGCUUAUCAUUCUUCGGCUGGUAAAGAAGGAGGCGCCUGCGCUGAUCAACAGGGUGGGCGAUUUUGCCAAGGACGUGGUGAGCACCCUCGAUGAAGUGUCGACCAGGUGGGCCACCGACGCGAACGAGGUUCUGGUCAAGCAUACCAACGAGAUCAACACCAAGCUCCUCAGCAACGUAAAGACGGCAACUUCAGCAGUCAAUAACACACUCAGUACUUUCCAGACCGAGAUGAACAAGCGAUUGGACGACGUCUUCGAAGGCACUGUACUGCAUAACGUCGUCAAGGACGUGGUUCGAUGUCUGCUGGGGCUCAAGAUCGAGGCGGUCGAAAACGGAAUAAAGUGGGUCAACGAACAAGCACAUUUUUCCUUCCCGCUCUUCCCCCGAGAUUUGUUCAGCUCUGGGGCGCAGCAAUCAAUCUUGGGCGAUUCGAACAUGACUUCAUUUCUCUCAAGCCCAUCCACUGUAACGACCGAUGAGAUCUCUGCGGCUGUGUACCAGGUCAUCGACCGCCUGCGAAAUGGAAUGAUCCGUGACGCACUCAUCUCGGUCGGCUUGCUGCUGGUAUACCUUGUCUUUGUGCUGGUGGGUGUGAUUCGCUUACUAUUCAACAUCAAGGGACCCACAGGACCCGUUGGCAGUACUACAGCCAACACAUGCAAUACCGAUUUCACGAUUGAGACUUUGCAGCACAAGUACGAGGAGCCAGCAGCUAGUGCACCAAGAGACCCCACCACAAGCCCACACAGACUAGCCCCGCGGACAACGGUCUCGUGA